CUUCUUCUUCACGCUGGUUAGAGAUCAUCUGCUAAGAUGCUCCGCAACAUCUUUCUUGUCAGCUUGCUCGUAUGUGCAGUCUGUGCAGAUCAUUGGGAGAUCCGUGAAGUGGACUCGGCUGAGGACCAAGAUGAAGAGAUCUCUGCUGACGGCAUGCCGAAACAGCAGAUAUUUAGUAAGUGCAAUACAUGCAAAACCAUCAUGAAGGCAGUGAAAAAGAAACUCUCCCCUAAUGCAACGCCGGAUGAAAUCAAAACCAAGCUGAACAAGGCCUGUGAUAAAUUUAAGCUGGUGAGUGGUCAGUGCAAGAAACUUGUUCAGAAGUAUCUGCACAAUAUAAUUGAUGAGCUGAUGACGGAUGACGGGCCAAACACCAUCUGUAUCAAAAUUCAUGCCUGCAAGCCAAAACCACCCAUAAAGGAGUUCAUUUUUGCACAUGAUCAAGCUCAUGACAAUUUCUGA